AAUCCACGUACUUCAUCGAAUGACGAUGUUGAUAAACGACAUUCGUAUGUGACUUUGGACUGUAAAAAAUAAAGUAUAUUUAUUUGCGUCAUUUGCUAAUGGUGACGAGAAAGCAUCAUACAUAUUUUACGCAGAACCACUUGGAGCUUUUUUUUGUAAAAAUAAAACUUCAUCGUGACGAAAACAAAACAUGUAACCUUCUAGCAUAUUUAUUGCAUAUUAUUUUUAUCAUUGCAUCAUAAAACUUAAUUACUAAAUCUAUAGACUUUUAUAUUAAAAUUACGCACUAUUUUAAACCUCAUAUUAAGAAUUAAGUCAAACAUUAAUGCCUCACUGAUACAGGUUCUCAAUCAAGGAUAAAUAUAACUAAUUAAGUAAUUAAUAAGUGGCUUUUGUUAUAAUUGUAUUAGAAUUAUAACUAAAUUAUAAAUCAAGUAUUCUUAUAAUAUUAAAUACUUAUACUAGAAUACUUAUAAUAUUAAAAGUAUUAUGCAAAACAAAUUCACGUACAUAUAUAUUUCUAAUCAUUUCCAUAAUGAAAAAUGGAAAUUCCAUUUUUCAUUCUACAAUUAAUUUAGAGAAGUAUUAGUUAACACUCCUUACGAUAUGAACUAACAUGUAAUUUAUUCACUGGAUGUUCAUUAAGGCGGAAUGAUAAUUAGAUAUGCAAUAUGCAUGUCAAUUAUAAUUAAUCUUGUUGUUGUAUUUAAAACUAGUUGGUGGUGCUACAGGUCAGCCAUUUUUAAGAGUGAUAAAUCAAUUUUGUACACACCUCUAACUUUUAGACUUGUAGGACGUCAUAGUUGAGAAAUUAAUAAAAUCUUAUUUUUAAUACAGGUUACAGAUUAACCAAUAAAAGUCGCUGUAAAAUUCCAUUCUAUAUCAAGUGCGGUAGUGAGCAAUAAUUUGUAAAUUUAUAGUAUAUUAGCUUCAUUUUCACGAGACUUUUAAAAAUUAGACAAACUUAUUCAUUUCUGCUUCUUUACAAAAACUGCAAAUGUUCUCUUUACCUCUAUGCAAAUAUGCGCACCCAUCAUAUGAGUGAGUAUGUGCAAUGAAUUGAUAAAAUGUCGUUUUUAGUAAUUGAUGUCGAUGUAUUAAGUAUUCAUGCCUUUGAAACCUUAAUUACUUAAUUCUGCUACAUAAUACUUUACCAAUCUAGGAAUAUUAGCAGGUUUUUGCGGACUAAAACCGUGAGUAAUACAUUCGUAUCAUAUACAGAUUAACAUUCAUUAUUUGCGGUGAUUGAGUGGAAUUGGAUGGGAUUAGGUUAUGAAAAGUUGACAUAAUCUAGAGAUUAUGUCAAAAUUUGUCAUCUACUUUACCCAAUUAUUCUGCACCAUUGAUGAAUUAUCCAAUGAUUUCUUCAAUUAUUUUCCACCAAUUUGUCCUUCAAUUUUUCUUACCCAUUGGUGCUAAAUGAUUGUUUAAAAUCAAAACGGGGGAGAUUGUAAAGCGCCAAUUGGCGGAGAAAACAUAGGAACAGACGGACAGACAGACAGACAGACAGACGGACACGACAAGUUCAAUAGCUCCCAUGCUUCGCAGGGCGAGCUAAUAAAUAUGGGAUAACGCCAAAUUCUCAAACAGAAUCCAGAGUGAUUUAGAUUAAUAAAAAUUACGUACAACUGUCCAUGGGUUUGUAUAUGCAAUGAUGACAGUCCGUAUUUAUAUGGUUAACGAAAGGCAAGGUGUGAUUGUGUAAUUGGUUGGUAAAUAAAAUUUACUGCGAAGUACGUGACUCAAGUCGCCUUAUCAAUGUUUAUCACACAAAAGUAUGGAUAAGCAGUAAAUUUGCAUUGAAUAACCUCUGGUGCCACGAUUGACGCAACAGUCUGCACGUAGGACCAGCACAGAGGUGCGGAAGUGUGCUAGUUUGCAUUUAUCUGAAAAAGAAAUCACUUUACUUAACAUAAUUUUAUUCUCACAUAUAAUUCAUGGAGAUUUUUUCAAUCGUAAUAAAUAAUGACGUUAAUAAUAUUAGUCAACAAAUAUUUAUAACACUUCAACAGGAUAAUUUUGUUUACUUACAGCAGCAUACACAUACUUAUACACCGCAGAUCGCUGUCGACUAAUCCUAAAUAAAGUCUAUUUAUUUAAUUUUCGAGUAAAUUUACAAAAAUACCUUAAUCAAAAUCCUCAGAAAAAAGUAAAUUUACUAUACCUUCUCUCUAAGCGUCUAAGGAACUAAGCGUUUCAAAAUGUUAAUUGGAAUUCUGCUCGAUGUAUCCGGCUCAAUGAAGGGCAAGUUAUGUUCAGGAACUAACACGUCCAUAACGGACAACGAUAUGAGUCGUGCAGAGUACACGAUUCGAUCAAUACUUGACAUUUGCGAGAAGGAGGAAGACAAGACGAAGAAGAAUGAGAUCUUCGUUCUUGUAUUCGGGCUACUGGGAAACACUUGCGCUGACCUGGUUCAGAUUUUAGAAACCCUUAGCGACCAUAGAAAUUCUGCAGUAGCAAAUCCAAAAGAAUCAUUAGUUCGACUGUUAGCAGAAAAUGGAGCUCCAAAUUGCGAAGAAUAUAUAAAUAAAUUCGUUACUGAGAAAGAAGCCAGCUUCUUUUACGAGAUCUACAGAGAGAGGCUUCGCGAAGUCGAAGAAAUUGUUGAGACUCUGCCAGCUCAAUGCAAGUGGAAAGCUUCAGAGUUUACAACGGAUACAGUUGAAUAUGUUUCAAACCCGUUGACAUUCCUUUUGUGGGCUCCUAUGGCCGCUAAACUUGAAGCUGCCUCAAGCCAAUUGGGAAUCCUUGGUUGGCCUAGAACAGCGGCUAAACUUGAAUUUGUCUCAAACCAAUUGAGAGUCUUUAGCAGGACUGCCGUGGAAGAUAGACGAAAAAGUGCAACUAGAGAGAAUGUUAACGCCGCUAUGAUAAAAGCUUUGUCAAUAUUGGCCAAUCCGAAGGUGCAGAGCCUGACUGAUGUCGCGAAAUUAAUCCGAUCGUUUGUUAAAGACGAUGUCGCACCAGGCGAAACGUCUAGUUUAACAAAAGGACAGCUGGACAAUCUUAUGAACGAUGUGGAACCGUAUAUUUAUCAAGGCACACCAAUGUGUCAAGCUUUAUGUACAGCCAUUGACAUGUUUAAGAAAACUACCCAAGAUGAAAAAGUCUUGCUAAUCUUAACUGAUGGGGAAGCAACGGACGGCAAACCGUCAUCAUAUGCAAUAGAACUGGGGCUUUUAGACGUUAUGGUUUAUUCCGUACUGCUUACGUACGAAAAUAUUUCAUUUCCAAAAAAAUUAUAUUUCAACCCAGAUCAAACCUGGUCAAAAGCACACAAAGAAAUGUUCACUCUCGGCACAGCCGUUGACAAUAGCAAUUCUGUGCUAUCAAUCCUACUUGAAAAUGGUUGGGAACUUUCGCCUGAAGGGCAAAGUCGUCUCUGCAUUCAGGCUAACAACCCAGAAAUCGUGGACGAAUUCACAUCCGUCGUGAAUCAAAUGUUUAGAUGCGGAAGCGCAGUGUGGAACCUAUACAGUCGGGUAUCCGUUGACAUGUACAUCAGCAUCGAAUCGUCAAAACUGAUGCCUAACGAGCAAGUUGGUGGCACUUGUUAUGCCAAUGCAGUCGCUGCAGCUAUACAUUUGGCGACGCUACGAAUUUGGGGGAAGGGAUGGCGGGUACCCAGCAUUUACAAACCUCCUUGCCGAAAUUGUAGCAGAGUUCGGCAUAGACGGAGCAAGCACGAAGGAUGUUCUUGCAAAAUAUGCAAAAAAGUAUCGUCUACACAGCGAGCACUUGGCAGGGGAAGAUGAAGCUAGGGCCGCGAUUGCAAAGCGACGACCUAUCGUUGCAAGGUUUGCUUUAAUCCAGAGGAAAAAUCCACAAGCGAGAGACCAAUGGGACGAUUUUGGAGAUUUCUUUGAGAAAAAUCCGAAAGGAAUUUUGACGGCGAAAGAUAUUGGUAAAAACUACACUGGCCAGUACGGCGGACAUGCGGUCCUCCUCGUCAAAUGCGAGCCUAAUGCCCUAGUUUUCAUGAAUUCUUGGGGAACUAAAUGGGCUAAUCAAGGAUACUUCCGAGUUGAGAAUGCUGCCGUGCUUAACAUGCAGUUUUACGACACAUUCUUCCUUGAAUCCGAUUUGUCAUCCCGAGAAAUUCAGGCAUACAAGGAAAAGGGAUUGGAAACGGUGAACGUCCUUCUAUCCAAGGCUCCCUACCUGAAGGAUCUUCCUUACGCGUGUCCACUCUGCAACAGCACUUCUCGUGCGGAAUUAUAUGUUGGGGAUCUUCUCGCGGUUCGCUGCCCGAGGUGUGGUGGAUCAUUCCAACCAGCCCCGGCUGGAUUUGUGCCGUAAACUGUGCAGUACAUGGUGCUGGAUCCAAUUAAUAAUUAAUUGUGUUACUUUCCAUUCACUCAAAAAAAUUCAGUGCGCAUUUACUUCUAUUUCGCCAUAUUUCAGCUAUUUAUCUCAUGUGAAUCAGAGUACUCAUUAUAUCUGAGAACUCUCUCCAGUGUCGACCAUGUAAGCUUAUCGUAACGUACAUUUAUUAAUUCACCAAUCCAGGAAUAAAUGUGGGUAGAAUUCUGCCGUUAAGUAUUUAGAUGCCUACCACCGAUUAAGGCGUCGAAUGGAAAUUCCUGAGUAGGACGAAAUUAUUCGUUUCGUGGAUUUGACAACAAAUAAAGCUAACGUAGAACACUAUAGCCACAUAAAGGGAUGAAGCAUUAAACUAAAUAGCAUUCGCAAAAAUCACUGCGGUGAAAUAAAUAACAUUUGGGGUUAAUUUUGUUUCGAAAAUUUUGAUUCUGAACGUCCAAAUGAACCUAAAAUCUUUUUUGUGCCAGCCAAUUAUCUAAAUUUACAUGACUGCAAGAAAAUGAACUAAGAACAGAAUUGUAUCAAGGAUUGUUUGACCACGUUGCAAACUUAAAAAUCAAUGCAAAUGUAUUAGCAAGAGUUCCAGUAAUUUGGCCCUCAACUUUUGAUGGUUCUCCAAGGAAUAUGGGUGACCGAUGUAAAUAAAUUGUAGGGGCAUUAGUAUGAUCAUGUUUGAAUCAAACUACCAACCCCAGUGAUUUCACACGGACAAAGUAACCUUCAUAUUUGUAAAUAUUAAUAUCCAAUAUUAAUAUAGCUAGAAAUUAAGACAGGAGAGCUAUGGACCCAGCAAUGAGGUCGAAACUAGCGUCAUUGGUUCACUGGGAAUAUCACAUUUGAAAGCAACAAAUAACAUCUACCUAUAUUAAAACUUGCUUGGCAGGCAGUAAUAAGUAAAUUGACGGAUACUUUUUUAGCACAUACCGGAUUUAACAUUCACCAAAAUACCAUCCACUACAACAAAAGAGAAAUUAGAAAAAUUUAGAAAUUAUGAAGCUGUCAAAAAAACCUAAAAAGCAAACUAUGAUCCUGGAAGAAACGAUAUCGACUUUCACCUCCAUUAUGAAAUGGGCCAAGUUAUUGGGUGCGUUACCAUUUCGCUGGAAUGAGAAAAAACGUCGCAUUUAUGUCACCAAGUCGUACUUUGCACUGGGCAGGUUUGCACUUAUCGUGUAUGGAUGGCUGGUCUAUCUCGGAAGUUUGCUCUAUGUUCUGAUUUAUGCUUAUUUGGAGAACAUACAACUAUACAUGUAUACCAGAUUUGUCGUAAUUCUGGUGGGAGGCCUACUACCAGUCAUGCUGUUAAUCAGCAAUAUUCUAAAGGAACAAGAAAUUAAAUCUUGGGUUAACUCCGUGCUGAAAUUUGAGUCAUGGUUUUCAGCAAGUUUUUUAAAACUAGAAAAAUCUGAGCCAAUACCAAUCGCUAAAAGUAUUUCAUCCGCUUUACGAAUAGCCGUACUUUGUUGCAAGUCAUACGGCAUGGCCGUAUUCACUUUUGCUGUGACUUUUCCAUACGAACCCUUCUUUGUUCUUACCCACUUGCCGUUGGAAUUUCGUCACUCAAUCUUCGCUCUGGGCCAUGCAUGUUCUGCGGCUAUUUUUAUAUUUGCACUUGGAACAGCUAUUAUCUACAAUCUGGGAAUAUUUCUACUCUUUGCGGUUGUAAUCUAUGGGGUGCUUAAUGAACUCGAAUCCAGUCCAAAAAAUAGGUACCGAAGUCAUGGAUAUCUUCGUAUUUCAGAAAACACUAGACUCGCUUAUAGAAGCCUGUCUCUCCUUUGGAUCAUCAUGACCGAUUGGAUUCGUCCAUUCGUCAUGCCAGUUCAAACGCUGAUUGUCAGAUCAGUUCAAAUUUGCAAUUUCGUUGUGAUCAAGUAUCGGAUGGACAUCACUGCCCUAGAUAUUCCUCUCAUGGUCGGCUACUCUGUUAUAUUUGGCACUGGUUGGCUCGGAAUUAUGGGAAUGGCGGGUUCCUUUACCAAGUCGAGCAGGCGGGUUUUGCGCUCUUUUAAAAAUAUUGGACCGAUUAGUUCCGUCGUAUAAGAGAAAGCCUGGAAAAAGGAGAGAAAGACCUUCAGGCCAUUAAUAUUUUAUAUUGGCCAGUUUUAUGGCGUAAAUUCAAAACUAGUGUUGAGUCUAGCAUCUACAUAUUUGUGGGGAACGGCCAAAUUGCUUAUAAUGGUGGUUUGACAGAGUCAGCCCAGCUGCGUUAGCACGUUAGUGCUUAUUGCAGUCUCCCUACCUAUACAGUAUACCGCGGCUAUAGUAACUCAGGGUUUCACCUCAGUAGCUAUAAUAGUUCGGAUCCCCCAACUAACUACCAAGCAGAACCAACUUAAAGUUACGUCCCCGCUCCCACAUGUCGCUAAAUGAUAAGUCAGUGCAUUCUUCAUUUACUUAUUAUACAUAAUAUUAUACAUACAUAAUAUUAUAAGUAAAUGAAGAAAUAAGGGUACAGAGGACAGCUAUGUUAGCAACCAUUGGAUCCAUAAAGAGUACGCCCUCUGCAAGUCUGGAAUGUCUAUUAGCACAUAAGCCACUGCACAUACGGAUUCAAAGGGUUGCACUCUUAACAAUGUACUGAUUAAAACUAAAUCAGCAAUGAUUGGAGUGGCAUAGGAGGGGAUUCAAACGGACUAUUUCACAUAUGGACCUAUGUAACAACCUCUGACGAAAAGUUCCAGAAUUCGGGUCAUGGAAGUCGCACCGAAUCAAAGCCUGUAGAGAGUGGGCGGAAUCAGCCCACAAAUCUACAUGUCAGGAAAACUGGACGCUGAACGCUCACUUAUAUAAGACGAACCUGGCGGUGGAAAAAUUCCCUACUGACAUGAUCAGUAAGAAGAUGCUUAUUUUUGAAAGAUUUUGUACAGUAGGAGCAUUGAAAUGGAUUUCCUGUUCAGGUUCCAUUUUGCUGUAAAUAAUCAACUGUAUAAAGUAAGAUAAUGGAAAUAAUUUUAUGGUAGGAUUUAAUCAAACAAAUUAUUAGCUCUCCCGGCGAAGCAUGGGAGCUUGCUGUGUCCGUCGGUGUGUUCCUAUGUUUCCUCCGCCAGUUGGCGCUUUACAAUCUCCCCCGUUUUGAUUUUAAACAGGCAUUUAGCACCAUUGGGUAAGAAAAAUUGGAGGAUAAAUUGAUGGAAAAUAAUUGAAGAAAUCGUUGGAUAAUUCAUCAAUGGUGCAGAAUAUUUGGAAAAAAUAGAUGACAAAUUUUGACAUAAUUUCUAUAUUAUAACAAAUAUCUGACAAAAUGAUUAGAUUAUAUAGUUUUGACUCUUUUGCACCAACAGUUCAAAAGAACCACAUAAUUUUCUCGGACUCAGAUUUUGUCAAAAUGUAUGUCAGGGCGAGCUUUAUCUAAUGUGCAACGGUUUAUUUCGAUUACAAAGAAAUUUUUUACGUUUGUCUAAUCUGUACGACGUUUUCCUGAAUCCGUUAACAGUUUUGAUUUUAAAGUAUUUAUUUUACGCUCUCUCGCCGGUUAAAUGAUAGUCUUAAAUUCUGGAGCACAUUUAAUACCGUUGGAAGCAACAUAUUUAUAUUUAACAAAGUCAGGAAGAUUGGAUCCAUUAUCGCUGAUGAGUAAACAUUAUUUGUUUAUAGAAAAGGUUCAAACUGCAAGAACACAUAUAAACGAAUACACCAACAUGUACGCCUCAUGAGUCCUCCAUAAAUCUUGGAUUAUAGAUUGAAAUAAAAUAAUAUUGGGAUAGUUGUGGGCUACAACUUUUAGCCAACUUUCCAUCACCAGAGACGGAAUUGUUGACCACUAAAGUAUAUUUUAUCACUCCUUAGAACAGAUACUAUUCAGUUGACGACAUUUCUAAACUGAUAUGACUUUUUUUUCGUCUCGACUCUGCCUUUUAAAAAUAACUUCGAAUUCACCCGUACAGAAAAUGGUAGGAUAUAUUCUACACCUCAUUUGCUAAAUCGUGCCUUUUCCAGACAAACGAAGGAAGGGUUUAUUCUAUACCGUGUAAGAAUUUAAUAAGAUUGAGUAUGUAAACGUAUAGGUUCCUCAUAUUUUUGAUAUACAAAGAAGGUAGUAUAUGUACGAUGCACAUUGUAUGUAAAUAUCUCUCGUUUAACUACUGGUAUGUCGGGCCCAACGAAUGGUGGUACACAGUGAUAGUUGAGAAAAGGCCUUCCCUUAAACCUUGCUCGGAUAUGUUUUGGGAAUCAUUGGAAGGCAGUGAAUUUCCGUUGUUCUACCACUAACCAGAAUACGUUGACCGGUAUUUCAUUUAUCCAGCCGACAAAAAAUUAAAAUUCUAACAAAUCCAUAAUUCUCCAAAGUGUGGAAAUCAAUUCGACGUUAAUCGUUUCAAUUUAAAUAUUAAGUUUUCAACUGACAAUGGCGACAACUCAUCCGGGUCGCUUCGACUGUUCCAAAAAUUUCAAAAGGAAGGAACACUUUGUAACUCACUUGAAAACGCAUGAUCCUGACGCACAAGUUAAAUGUGGGAUUUGCUGUAAGUCCUUCAAAAAUGCCAGCAGCUUGACAACACACGUCGCAAGCUUUCACAAAAACCGAGUCCGACCUACUUGCAAAAUUUGUCACAAAAUAUUUCGCAAUUCUACAGGUUUGCAAGUUCAUACCGUCAAUAUCCACAGUUCAGGCACACGAAAACGGUUCCCCUGCCCAUUUGAUGGAUGUGAGAAGACCUACCUUGAUCAGCAUUAUGUCGAAAUGCAUAUCAAAAUUGACCAUGCUGAGAAUCCCUACAAAUUUUCCUGCAUUUUAUGUGGGAAAGAAUUCAAACGGAAAACGAACUUUUUAUCCCACAUUUACUCUCACACGAAGGAAAAGCCAUACAAGUGCUCCACCUGUGGGAAGAGUUUCGCAACAAAAACUCACUUGGGAAAACAUGAGGUCUGUCAUAUGGAGAAAUCCCUGCGUCCUUCAAGUGUGUUAUCUGCACCCAGACCUUCCUCUGCAAACGCGGCCUAAACGGUCACAUCCAGAUUUUUCAUGAAAAAUCGUGUGAAAA